AUGGCCAGCCAACGAGCUCAGGGUCAAAGUGUUUCUGAAAUAGGAUGUGAAUUGUAUGAAUACCACCCGUUUCACUCCAGUGACCAGUAUAUUCGACAAUUGAUUCUUGACCCGGGACAAGGCGAUAACCCUCUGAGGGGAAGUCUGGUGACGGCCAAGCUUCUUGAUGCACCAUCAUUCGAGGCUAUCUCCUAUGUGUGGGGCUCGAAAACCCGGAACCGGUGGAUUAUUGUGGAUGGCCGACGGCUUCCUAUCACUUCAAGUAUGGAAGACGCCCUUCGACAAACAAGACUGCCAGCGCAUGCGCGGACCCUGUGGGCAGACUCCAUCUGCAUCAAUCAAGAGAACCGUGUGGAGAAGGGGCAUCAAGUUGCCAUGAUGGGCAGAAUUUACGCCAGAUCGAAUCGCACACUCAUAUGCCUUGGCCUCUGUCCACAGUUCCAACAAUGCUCCCAGGACGUGGUCGGUUUGGUCGACGAAGUGAACAAUAUGAUGGACUCGACCUUUGCCGGCUCCUUAUUUUCAUGGGACUGGGGAAGCUUUCCGUUCCCCAGUGAAGAUGAUACCUUACUCCACGACAAUAGAUGGGUGUCAUGGGAAGAAUUCGGGAAAUGUGCCUGGUUCGGAAGGGGCUGGGUCGUGCAAGAAGCUGCUUUGGCACGCGAGGCCGUCGUACUUUGGGCAGGAGCUGAAAUACCAUGGAUCAGGAUUCUGCGGAGCUAUGAAUGGCUGGUGCAGCGUGUGCGCCAUUUGAUGCCAACCAGCAGAUUGCUCAUGAUACCAAAUCCUCAUCGGCGAACAUAUACCACGCGACGGCCGUGGGAAGCGAGAACGCUUCACUUUGAAAGAAACCAGGAGCUACUAGAGCACAUGCCAACUCUUGAGGUGCUCAAUACUGCCCGGACGUUGGAUGUAUCGGAGCCCAAGGAUCUCAUCUACGCAUUCAUGUCGAUUCCGACCUCAGACAAGGUUUUCACUGGGCUCGAUAUAAGACCGGAUUAUUCGAGGGAUGUUUCCCAUCUGGAUGUCUAUCGAGACUUCGCCGUCAGAUAUUUACAAAGGACCCAGAACCCGGACCUUUUGAGUUAUGUGGAUCAUGAAGAGAGUGACUUAGAGGCCAAACGCGAGGUUGACGGGUUGGGCUCCUCCUCGGUCUUUUACUUUCCAUCGUGGAUUCCGCGCUGGGAUCGAGGCCUAACGCUUCUGCGUGAGGUGGCAUACUGGCUUAAUGCCACGGCACCAAAGGUUGAGAUCAACGAUAACCACAUCUCGCAUGUCCUCACCAUACAUGACGCCUCAAUCAUCGAAGUGAGAGCCAUCGUUUUCGAUUCCGUCCAAUAUGUCUCCGAGAGAUUGUCAUGGUUAGAUGACUGCACCCCAACACAAUGCACUCAAGAAGUGGUUUCACUUUGGCGACAAGUCUCGCCAGAAUCGCGUAGGCUCCCAGGGCUACUUGACAAGGAUCCACUAGAUGAGGCACUGGCCUUUCUGAGCACACUUUGUCGAAACUUCUUUGACGGUGAUCGUGAGGAGUUCUGGCACUCACUAAAGGCGUUUGCAGGACUCCUCCAGGAUGAUAGGCCAACGCGGUCUAUCGACUUGUAUCUCACGAAUAAGGAGGCUCGGCGAAUAUCGACAUUUGCUAUCAAGUCAUGUCAAAGCCGUCGUUUCAUUCUGCUGAAUGGUGGUCUCUACGGAAUGGCACCCACCAUCACCCGUAGCGGCGAUACGUGUGCAGUCAUCCCCGGAACAAGAUUCCCCUUUAUCCUCCGAAACGUUGCUGGAAAGGAAAAUCAUUACCAAGUGAUAGGACGUGCAUACAUUCAAACCAAGGCUUGGCCUCUGGUGCAGUCUGGGCAUCCUCCGCCGCUGGGCAGUUCGGACCAAAGCAGAAGCUGGAAGGACUAUGUUAUGCAAGGAAAGUCUAUUUAUCUUUGUUGA